CAAAACUUUAGUUGUUUACCUUAAACCUUUGACACAGUACUUAUUACAAUGAGACGCUACAUUGUCUUCGCGCUUUUAGCAACCCUAUCAAACUGCUCCAUACCCCCAAAUUUCAAGAGGUGCUUCCGCAAGGACCCGAAUUUCAAGAAAUGCUACUCCGAAGCGGCACAGUUUGGCACCGCGCAACUUACGAAAGCUUACGAAGCCUUAGGUAUACCAAACUUGGAACCUCUCCACAUCCCUUUUUUAACAGUACGUGAUAAAGGAGGAGUUUUCUCUGUGGACCAAAUUUUCAAAAACUGCAACCUUUCGGGGCUUACAACUUUGAAAUUCGAUCAGAUUGAGCUAGAUCUCGAAAAGAAGAGUUUAUUCGCAGAUGGCGUCAUUCCAAAGGUAGAAUUCAAGUGUCAAUAUGAACUAAACGGUAAAGUACUUCUUUUGCCUAUCAAAGGUGAAGGCGACAGCAACAUUACUUUCAUCAAUUUCCACGCAAAUUAUCGGUCUUUUUAUGACGAAGUUGUAAGGAAUGAUAAGACUUAUUUUAAGACGGUUAAGUCGGAAUUGGAUUCGAGUGCAGAACGGUGGUACUUUCACUUUGACAAUCUUUUCAACGGGAAUAAGGAGUUGGGUGACAAUAUUAAUCUGGUGAUGAACGACAAUUGGAAGGAAAUCGCGGACGAGUUGCAGCCUGAAUAUAAUGAAAUUGUGAGACAAAUACUAGAGGGUAUUUUUGAGAAAAUUUGGACGAAGACGUCUUUGGAGGAGUUUUUCGAUUAACUUGGUGCUAACAAGAAUUUAUGUACAAUUUAGUACUGAAGUAGUUUUUAAUAAAGAUUGAGGUAAUGUUACA